CCGGGCUGGGGCAUUUGCAAAAGGUGAGGCUGUUAGCCUCCAGACGUGUAAUCGCCACAGUCUCGGGCCAGGGCUCGGCGCUCACGGGCUGCAUCAUUUUCCCAAGGUUCCCCCGGCUUCUGGCACGGAUGUGCAAGAAAAAAAAAAUUCUUUUUUGGUUGUUGAAUAAAUGCAAACAGAAAGCUAGGAUGGAGGCCAACCCGCCGGACGCCUCCUAGCAGCCCGCCUCCUCCCUUUCUCUUCCAGGUCAGGGAGGUGUGUCCAAAAAGCCAGCAGGAAGCGAAUUCGGCCAGCGCAGGAGGUCCUGCUGCAGCCCUCUCGGUGGGCCUUUGCCUUUUCGGCGAGUCUCCUCCUUUCCAGAACCGCCUCUUUAGGAAAUCACUGAGUCCUUGGCUCCACUAGUCCUACAUUUCUCUCUGGUUGACUCGCUGCCCGCCUAGAGACUGGGAAAAUACUGCAGAGAGAAGCGAGAAGUGGGGCCGUAGUAUAGAAAGUAGCAAAAACUCAUUCCCUGGGGGUGGGUCUAGGGCUGGGGCUCCCUGAGAAGGGUGGCUUCCUGCCUUGAUUAAUCGGCCACCAAAGCCCCCUCCCAGGGUUUCAGGCGCUCCUUUACUCCCCACUUUUGCAAGAGCACCCCGGGGCGACAGUUAUGGAGAAGCGCCUGCAGGAGGCUCAGCGGUACAAGGAGAAAGGGAACCAGCGCUACCGGGAAGGGAAGUACCGAGAAGCUGUGAGCAGCUACCACCGAGCUCUGCUGCAGCUGCGGGGUCUGGAUCCAAGCCUGCCCUGCCCGAUCCCCAACCUAGGACCUCAGGGCCCGGCCCUGACACCUGAGCAGGAAAACAUACUGCACACCACCCAGACAGACUGCUACAACAAUCUAGCUGCCUGUCUCCUUCAGAUGGAGCCUGUAAACUACGAGCGUGUGAAAGAAUACAGUCAGAAAGUCCUAGAACGACAGCCCAAUAAUGCCAAGGCCUUGUAUCGGGCUGGAGUGGCCUUUUUCCAUCUACAAGAUUAUGACCAGGCUCGGCAUUACCUACUAGCUGCUGUCAACAUGCAACCAAAAGAUGCCAGUGUCCGGAGAUACCUCCAACUAACACAGUCGGAACUCAGCAGCUACCACCAGAAAGAGAAGCAACUCUACCUGGGCAUGUUUGGUUAAACAACAAGAAAGCUAUACCUACACUUGAACUUAGGGGAAUCCGUUAAAGAUGCAUCAAGGGGAAACUGAGCCUCAGAAAAAUUAACCCUCAGUAAGAGAAAUGAAUCCCAUCCCUCUGAUCCCUAUGGAUUUCUGUUUUGUUCCCAGUUAUGCACAGACUUUUUACACCUAUACAUUGUGUUUUUUUUUUUCUGCACAUCUAAUGUGAUUGUACAGUUUUCCAUACAUGGUAUUUUGGGGGACAUUAGCCUUGAAUAAAAUCCAUCAGUUCUUGAUGACAUGGGUAGCACAAGUCACAUUAAGCACAUCUGUGGUAUGGAUCUGAAUGACAGGUGUUGUUAGAUGUUUGCAUAUACAAAGGAAAAGGCUAGCAGAGGAUGAAAUAGUAAGGCAAAUAGGGGUUUCUUUGUUUCCUCAGAUGCCCUAGAAUUACACAGGCCACAAACAAAGAAAAUAUUUUUGUUGUUGUUGUUAAACUACUGAUUAUGAAAUGAGCCCACUUUUUACCAGAGCACUGCUCAGCUCUGGCUUAUGGUGGUGCUGGGGAUUGAACCUGGGACUCAAGCCUCAGGCAUGAGUCUCUUUGCAGAACCAUUCAUUAUGCUAUCUACCCCCAUUCUCCACAUCUCCUUUACUUUUUUUUUUAUGUAAAUAAUAUAUAUUUAGAAGAAGGCACACACCAAAAAAUGGGGGUUUGGAUUUGAAUUUGGGAAAAAAAACAAACCCUGACUCCAAGCUCCAUAAGGAGUAGGAAAUGUGACAGGAGUUGGUGGGCGCAGUGGGAAGGGCAGUGGACUUCAGUGCACGGGGUUCCCGAGUCCAGCCCCCAGCAUCACAUGGGCCAGAGUGAUGCUCUGGUUCGAUCUCUCUCUCUUGUGUUAAUAAAUCUUUUAUUUAUUUUAAAAGAUUGUAUUUAUUUAUUUUUUAUAUUUUUUUAUCUUUAUUUAUUUAUUGGAUAGAGACAUUCAGAAACCAAGAGGGAAGGGAGGGAUGGAGAGGGAGAGAGACAGAGAGACACCUGCAGCACUGCUUCACCACUUGUGAAGCUUUCCCCCUGCAGGUGGGGGUAUUUAUUUAUUAAUAAGAAAGAUAGGAGGAGAGAAGGAACCAGACAUGACUCUGGUAUAUGUGCUGCCAGGAAUUGAACUGAGGACCUCAUGCUUGAGAGCACAAUGCUUUAUCCACUGCGUCACCUCCCGGACCACAAUAAACCUUUUAUUUAUAAAAAGAGAGAGAGAAAGAGAGACAAAAAUGAAAAAAAGGAUAUGAGGGAAAGCAAGGAAAACAGUUCACUUGGGUAGUGCAAUGCUUUGCCCUGCACAUGACUCAGAUUCAAGUCCGUUGCAAAGGGCACUGAAGGAAGCUUUGGUGCUGUGGUUUCAGGAAGAUACAGUGUAGUGUUAGAGCAUGUGGCUUCUUGCAUUCAGGAGGUACUAGAUUCAAUCCUCAGUACCAUAUAUAGCAUAGCUACACAAUGCUCUGGUACCUGUCAUAAAAACUAAAAAUAAAUUUUAAAUUGAAUCUUUAACCAGAAACAUUUCUAACGCUGAAGAGAAAAGGUCGGUUAUCUGAAAGGUAAGUAGAUAGCUUCUUGGGCUGUGGCCUGACCCAUCGACCCCAUUAAAGGAACUCAAUUUUGAGUUUGAGGAGGGAGUUCACUCAGCAGAGGCAAACUACCCAGGAAGCUGCUCAGUGGUAUCACACAUGCAUGAGGCUCUGAGUUCAUGUUCAUUCUCUGAUGCUGUAUAAAAUAAGCACAAAAGGGGUUGGGGUUAGGUAUUAGCACACAGGGUUAAGAUAGAAAGGGGGAGAGAAAGACACCUGCAGACCUGCUUAACUGCUUACAAAGCAAAACACCCCCCCCCCCCCCACUGCCCGCAGGUGGGAAGCUGGGGCCUUGAACAGGGAUCCUUGUGCCAGUUGGGUCUUUGUGCUUCGUAGUAUGUGAAGUUGAAAAUGAUUUGGUUUUU